AUGGGGGCUUUCACACUCCUCUCCUUCCUCUCCCUCUUCUCCAGCAUCCUGGCCGCACCUGGUCGAAACCAAAACAAACACCUCACCGCAACCGCCAUCGUAAACACCCCCGACAACAAAUCAUCCGCCUUCCAAUGCUGGCAAAUCAACACUCCAUUCGAUGUCGCAACCCUCGACGGCACCGCCGCCGGCGCCAUGAACCUCGCCCUCGCAGACGUAUCAAAAGUAAACUACGUCGUGCGCCCGCCACAUGAAGAAUACGGGCUACACAAUGCGCCCAACGCACAGAUCGUCGUGUACCUCUCCGGAUUGAUUAACAUUACCGUGCCGACGAAGCCGGAACAGCAGUCGUUGAUUCUGGGUGGUGGACAUGGUUUGUUUUUUGCGAUGGACACGGAGGGCGAAGGGCAUUAUGCGACGUAUCCGAGUGAUGAGCAGACGGUUGGGUUGAUGAUUCCGCUGAAGGAUGGGAAGGCGCCGGAGCAUGUGGUUUUGGAUGAUAAGCCGUGUGGGACGACGUCGAGCAUUAUCUGA